AUGGAAAUGUGCGAGCGGAAUCCUUUAAAUCCGGGCUAUGUUGGUUCUUUGUUGAAUUUCGCUCCUCCUGAGUCGCUCUAUUUCUCCAACCUGCGGGGUAAUGGAGCCCACUUACCCGGCCUGCAUCAGAUUCCUUACAAUAGGAGAGAGGUGUGCACGCUGCCGUGGACUUCCCCAAGUUCGUGUGGAGCUGGAUCUGCAGUACCACCGCCACCGACACCAGCACAGAACCGCGCCUUUGGGGGAUACUGUCCGCCGUUUUUAUCCAACUCUGUGUCUAUAAAUACAAACUCCAGCAGUGGCCAUGUCAAGGCGCAUUUGGAGGAGUCGGCUCGAUGCUUUCAGAGCGCAAUCCAGAAGACGGGGGAGGCAGGAAGGCUGGCUGAAGUUUACGCAGGAGAGCACGGGGCCGUCACAGAGCGCGGGUACUCGGACCUCAACAGCCGGACUCAGCUUGAUCCGGAUUCUGCAGGUUCACUAAACGGCCCCAAACAGGAGCAGAAUCACGCUCAGCCAUCAGCCAGUCACACGUGCACCAGGACGACAUUUGCAGAAGGUGCCCCAUGGUGCUCAUCUCAAGUGAAAACCAGAAAGAAGAGGAAGCCCUACACGAAACUUCAGCUGGCUGAACUUGAAAAUGAGUUUCUGAUGAAUGAAUUCAUUAACAGACAGAAACGCAAGGAUCUGUCGGAGAGACUUGACCUGAGCGACCAACAGGUGAAAAUCUGGUUUCAGAAUCGGAGGAUGAAGAAGAAACGACUGAUGAUGCGCGAGCACGUUUUCUCUGCCUACUGA